AUGUCUAGAUUAUGUACUUAUAUAAAGAAUUUAGGGAGAGACAAUCGAGUGUUAUACAAGAGAACAAACGAACAGUAUGCGACUACAAAGCAGACUAGUUCGCCUCCCUUACUCUGCCCAGAACCAUCCCUGAACGAGGAUCAAGAUGGCUCUGGCAAGUUGCUCCACGAAAAACACAUGCUUAUCAUGUGCUUCCCCGCGCGUCGCAUACCUAUGCAUGGCGUAUUCCAUGUCUCCGUUGCUGAUCCUCUGGAUAGUCAGUUGGCGGGCGGCAAAGGCCUGUACCGCGCAAUUCAUGGUCGUGUGGUGGAAGAAGAAGAAGAAGUUGGGCGGAACACCAACCUGAUCCCACUUACUCCUGACCAGGAGGGCCAGCUCAGGGAUUCCACGUGUGGUUGUGAAUCUCCACUCGUUUCUUUCACCCCUGGGCUCAAGGUGUCCGUGGCCAAUGCCAAGCCGGACUCCUUCCCAGGCAAGCCAAUCGAGGAAGUGUUUGGUGGCUGCCUUCUCGGUUGA